UCGGAGACUGCGGCGGCCCGGCGCUGCGGCGUCAAGAUGGCGGCUGCGGCAGUGGCGGCGGCGGCCGCAGCAGCCGCAGCAGCCUCGCUGCAGGUGCUGGAGAUGGAGAGCAUGGAAACGGCCGCCGCCGGCUCGGCCGGGCUGGCCGCCGAAGUCAGGGGCAGCGGCACCGUAGAGUUCGGGUCCGGGCCCUGUUUAUCCGCCAUGGAGGCGGGCGGGGGCGAUCCGGGCCCGGAGGCCGAGGAUUUCGAGUGCAGCUCUCACUGUUCCGAGCUGUCGUGGAGGCAGAACGAGCAGCGGCGCCAGGGCCUCUUCUGCGACAUUACCCUGUGCUUCGGCGGCGCCGGCGGCCGCGAGUUCCGGGCGCACCGCUCGGUGCUGGCCGCCGCCACCGAGUACUUCACGCCCCUGCUUUCGGGCCAGUUCUCCGAGUCCCGCUCCGGCCGGGUGGAGAUGCGCAAGUGGAGCUCGGAGCCCGGGCCUGAGCCCGACACGGUGGAAGCCGUUAUCGAAUACAUGUACACCGGGCGCAUCCGUGUCAGCACGGGCAGCGUGCACGAGGUGCUGGAGCUGGCCGACAGGUUCCUAUUAAUUCGCUUAAAAGAAUUUUGUGGGGAAUUUCUCAAGAAGAAACUUCAUCUCUCUAAUUGUGUGGCCAUUCAUAGCUUAGCUCACAUGUAUACCCUGAGCCAACUUGCUCUGAAAGCUGCCGAUAUGAUACGGAGAAAUUUCCACAAAGUAAUUCAGGAUGAGGAAUUUUAUACUUUACCUUUCCAUCUUAUUCGAGACUGGCUGUCAGACUUGGAAAUUACGGUUGAUUCCGAAGAGGUUCUUUUUGAAACAGUUUUGAAGUGGGUUCAGAGAAAUGCUGAAGAGAGGGAGAGAUACUUUGAAGAACUUUUUAAAUUGCUCAGAUUGUCCCAGAUGAAACCUACCUAUCUUACUCGGCAUGUCAAACCAGAGAGGCUGGUGGCCAAUAAUGAAGUUUGCGUCAAGUUAGUGGCUGAUGCAGUGGAGAGGCAUGCUCUGAGAGCUGAGAACAUACAGUCUGGUACAUUCCAGCAUCCUGCUUCUCAUGUCUCAUUAUUACCUCGCUAUGGACAAAACAUGGACGUGAUCAUGGUUAUUGGAGGCGUGUCGGAAGGAGGGGACUAUUUAAGUGAAUGUGUGGGAUAUUUUGUUGAUGAGGACAGAUGGGUAAACCUGCCCCAUAUUCAUAAUCACCUGGAUGGCCAUGCAGUUGCAGUAACGGAAUCCCACGUGUAUGUUGCUGGAUCAAUGGAACCAGGUUUUGCUAAAACUGUGGAAAGAUAUAACCCAAAUUUUAAUAUAUGGGAACAUGUUUGUAGUCUGAUGACAAGGAAGCAUUCUUUUGGGCUAACACAAGUCAAAGGGAAGCUCUAUAGCAUUGGAGGACAUGGCAACUUUAGUCCUGGCUUUAAAGAUGUUACUGUUUAUAAUCCUGAGAUUGAUAAGUGGCACAACUUGGAAUCAGCACCAAAGAUUCUUCGAGAUGUCAAAGCACUAGCCGUGGAAGACCGGUUUGUGUAUAUCGCUGCCCGCACUCCUGUGGAUCGGGACACUGAAGAUGGAUUAAAGGCCGUAAUCACCUGCUACGAUACAGAGACUCGACAGUGGCAAGAUGUGAAAUCUUUGCCACUUAUUGACAAUUACUGCUUUUUCCAAAUGUCUGUGGUCAAUUCCAACUUUUAUCAGACGGCAUCAUGUUGUCCCAAGAGUUAUUCUUUGGAAAAUGAAGAGGCAGUCAGAAAAAUCGCCAGCCAAGUUUCCGAUGAGAUCCUUGAAAGCUUGCCUCCAGAAGUCCUAAGCAUUGAAGGAGCAGCCAUUUGCUAUUACAAAGAUGACGUUUUCAUUAUUGGAGGCUGGAAAAACAGUGAUGAUAUUGACAAGCAGUAUCGGAAAGAAGCCUACCGCUAUUGCGCUGAGAGGAAGAGGUGGAUGCUGCUUCCUCCCAUGCCGCAACCUCGUUGUAGAGCCACUGCUUGCCACGUGAGAAUCCCAUACCGGUACUUGCAUGGCACACAGAGAUAUCCUAUGCCUCAAAACUUAAUGUGGCAGAAGGACCGGAUCAGACAGAUGCAAGAAAUACAUCGGCACGCCUUAAACAUGCGGCGAGUGCCAAGCUCUCAGAUCGAAUGUUAGGUUCUCUAAUACCUGAAGCUUAAAACAGUCACACACCUGUUUUGUGAAGCUGAAGAUACCAGACUGUUACUUGAAAAAGUGUGUCAAUAACUUAUUUUCUACCUGAAUUGAUGAUUGCCCCCUAUAAAGGAAAUAUAGUUAAAAACGGAAGACUGGGAAACUCAAUUCAAUACGUGGUAAUUUUGUUAGCUUGCAGUCUUUUUCUGCCUUUGGUCUCUGUCUUUAGUUUGUGUGUAUGUGCUAGCUAAAUAAGAUCUUAUUAAAGACAAAUGGGAAAACCA